GCAGGCUGCACAGGCUCUCAUCGUUCCAUGGGGCGGUCAGGGAAAAGGAGGCACAGAAUUAGGGUGCAGAGAGGUGCACCAGAUAGAUAGUGCUCCAUUUUGCAGAGAAGAUGUUAAGGCCAGGGUAAAACUACUAAGGAUACUGGAAUCAGGCCCAAGUGGGAUGGAGCCCAACAUGUGUGCGACUGUUGGGCGAGUUGCUCAGCCAUUCUGAGAUCAGUCAGUCGCUGUGUGAUCCCAGGAAAAUGGGGGCCCUACAUACCUUUAAGAGGGGUUGUGAGAUUCAGAGCACCUGGAGGAGCUGGAUGUGAUGGAGCACACCUGCAAUCCCACCACCGAGAGACUGAGGCAGGAGGAUCAUGAAUUUAAGGCCUGCCUGGACUGCAUAAGGAGAACUCGUCUCAGAACGAAAGCAAAAAGGCACCUGGAGAGGACGAUGCCCAUGAGGAGAGUAGGAGAUCCCUGGGCUCACCCCACCUUCAUGGCAGCCUGACGUGAGGUGUACAACCCGUGUCUCCACAUUUUCUGUCUCAGAAAAGUCACUUGAUUCCUGCAGGCUCCCCAAGAUUGAAAGGAUUCAGAGUUUGCCAGCUGAGUACAGGAUGUCCACAGGUCAGGAGUAGAAGAUAAAGGUUAAGAGCCCUCCUGGAGCACUCUACUACGCUGUGAACUUGGCCAGGAUCACCUUUGAUACUAUCUAUAAAAUAGGCGGAACGGGCACUGGACACAAUGAAUUUUGAGGUGAUCAAAGGUCAACCCAUCCGAAUCAUGUGGUCUCAGCGAGACCCAGGACUUCGAAAGUCGGGUGUGGGGAACGUCUUCAUAAAGAACUUGGAGGAUUCCAUUGAUAGCAAGGCUUUGUAUGAUACCUUCUCCACCUUUGGGAACAUCCUGUCUUGCAAGGUCGCGUGUGACGAGCAUGGCUCUCGGGGCUUCGGCUUUGUGCAUUUUGAGACCAAUGAGGCUGCGCAGCAGGCCAUCGGCACCAUGAAUGGGAUGCUGCUGAAUGACCGCAAAGUUUUUGUUGGCCACUUCAAGUCUCAACGAGAACGGGAGGCAGAGCUAGGGGCUCAAGCCCUGGAGUUCACCAACAUCUAUGUGAAGAAUCUCAGCGUGGACAUGGAUGAGCAGGGCCUGCAGGACCUCUUCUUUGCAUUUGGAAACAUGCUGAGUGUGAAGGUGAUGAGGGACAACAGUGGCCACUCCCGGGGCUUUGGUUUUGUUAACUUUGAGAAGCAUGAGGAAGCCCAGAAGGCUGUGGACCACAUGAACGGAAAGGAGGUGAGCGGGCAGCAGCUGUAUGUGGGCCGGGCCCAGAAGCGAGCAGAGCGGCAGAAUGAAUUGAAGCGCAGGUUCGAGCAGCUGAAGCAGGACCGGCAGACCCGCUACCGGGGUGUGAACCUGUAUGUGAAGAACCUGGACGACUCCAUCAGUGAUGAGAAGCUGAGGACUGUAUUCUCUCCCUACGGAGUGAUUACCAGUGCAAAGGUGAUGACAGAGGGUGACCACAGCAAGGGAUUUGGCUUUGUGUGUUUUUCCUCUCCAGAAGAAGCGACAAAGGCUGUGACAGAGAUGAAUGGAUGUAUCGUGGGCACCAAGCCACUGUAUGUGGCACUGGCCCAGCGUAAAGAGGAGCGGAAGGCCAUCUUGACCAACCAGUACAUGAAGCGCCUCUCCACAGUGCAGGCCUUGAGCCGCCCUGUCUUGGGCUCCUUUCAGCAGCCCAACAGCUACUUCUUGCCCACUGGGGCCCAGCCUCCAGCACAGGCUCCCUGCUGUGGCAACUCUGGCUCCGUGGCCCCCGUCCAGCCUGCCCCCAGGUGGACAGCCCAGCCCCAGAGACCUUCGACUGUCUGCCCUCCAGCUGCCUCAGUGGUUCGGCCACCAGGCUUGCCUCGGCGCCCCCAGGCCAAUGUCAGCAGUGUCAGGCAGGCCUCUACGCAGGUGCCACACCUGGCACCCCACACCAAGAAAGUGGCCAACAUUGGUACCCAGACUAUGGGCAGGGCAGCAUGCUCUACGGAAGGGCCAUCUCUCCUGCCAUGCACGUGUUCCUCAACUGUACAUAUUGCCCAUGGGGUCCCGGAGCCUGCCGUGCACGUCCCUGGCCAGGAGCCCCUGACCGCAUCCAUGCUGGCUGCAGCUCCGCUCCAUGAGCAAAAGCAGAUGAUUGGGGAGCGUCUCUAUCAUCUUAUCCCUGAGGUUUACGCUUCGCUGGCUGGCAAGAUCACAGGCAUGCUGCUAGAGAUCGACAAUUCAGACCUGCUGCUCAUGCUGGAAUCUCCAGAGUCCCUCCAAGCUAAGAUAGAAGAGGCGGUGGCAGUGCUGCAGGCACACCAGGCCAUGGAGCAGCCGAAGGCCUACAUGCACUGAGAAGGCUGGCUGGGGUUGGGAGGAGCAGGACAGAGCAGCGGAGCCCAGGAGAAGUCGGAGAAACUGCACAGAGACUGACUUGCAGAACUCCUGAGAACUGUCUUGUGUCGCUGGCUGGCUUUAUCUGGAGUGCCAAGGCAUCUGAGGAAGCGGAGGGCAUCACAGGUGACACACUGUAUGAUGGGCAUGGUGCCCAGUGAGGAGGUACUCGCACCAGCUGCCCUUCCUGUCUUCCUGCAGAGUGGGCUGGGCUUUUCCUGCCAUCAGCCACUUCACCUUCCUUCUUGAAGACUGGGUUCCUGCCUAACUUCGGAAGCAUUUAUUUUCACCCUUUCAUCAUCAGAAAAUCCUUACACCCAUGCUGCCAGUAGAGUAGCAUUUCCUGCUCUCAGCUUUAACGCCCUGUGAACUGUAACUUAUUUCCCAGGGGGUCUGGGUCUGUACUCGAGCUCUGGAUGUGGAAUGAAAGCUGGUCACUUAGCUGGCCUCUUUGUUUUGUGUAUUAAAAGUACUGCAAAAUCUC